CCUUAUUCCUAACUUGCAACAUCUCCAAAACACACAAGUUUUUCCCGUAACACAUAAAAAGAUAGUUUCGAUUGAUUCGAGGUCGAUCUCAAUCGGUUCUUAAUAAAUCAGUAGGUUAACCAAUUGGAUUGGAGCUAGACGGAUCAGUAUGUCCGGUUCGAUUUAACGGUUAAGUAAUCUGUAGAACCUUCCAGAACGCGCGCGUUAAGCAUUAGGGUUUCGUUGGCUGCGUGGCUACCCACUGAAGUCUUCAGUGUUUCUCUCUCCUCCUCUCCAAGUAAUCUGGAAAAAAUCAAACCUUUUUUCUCUGGAAAAAAAUAAAAAAUAAAUAUUUCUUAUUCAAAACCAAAGAUUCGAUCGAGGUUUUGAUUGAUCGAGAAAUUCUUGGGCUUUUCCGGUGGAUUGAGAAGAAGCUAAAUGGUUGAGGCAGAGCGCCCGGAGAAUCUCUGGAUCGCUUCCGGAAUGCCGUCGUCGUCGUCUCCGGCGGAAACUGAAAGACGUGAUUUUCCGAUCGUAGAUUCGACUAUUGUAACAGGAGAUGCGAGAGGAUUUGGAAGCGUCGGAGUGCAAGUAGUUUCCCGGUCUCAGUUGGAGAAGGGCUCGACGGUGGAAAAGCUAGGGUUGACGGAAAGAGUUUUCUCCGCCGCCGGAGCUGCGUUUUUGUCCGCCGUUAUUCUAAAUCCUCUGGACGUCGUCAAGACUCGAUUGCAAGCUCAAGCUGCUGGAGUUUCUUACUCCCACCCACUCAGUGACGCCAUUGGUCGCAUGGCGUUCUUUGGACCAAACAUAAUGUUUACAGAUUUGAGAUGUUCUCCUUCAUGUUCACGCGCUGGUGUUCAUGGUACCGUCUCUAUUUGCCCGCCUGAUUGUUUCCAGUACAAAGGAACUUUUGAUGUCUUCACCAAGAUCAUACGACAGGAGGGCAUGGCACGCCUGUGGAGAGGGACUAAUGCUGGUCUUGCUCUAGCUGUGCCCAUGGUUGGAAUUUAUCUCCCUUUCUACGAUUUGUUCCGCAACCGUUUGGAAGAGUUAUCUCGGGAGAAUGCGCCUGCGACGACAAUAUUUGUGCCUCUUGCGGCAGGGUCUUUGGCACGGUCCCUAGCUUGUACAGUCUGCUAUCCAGUUGAACUUGCUAGAACACGUAUGCAGGCAUUCAAAGAAGCUAAAGCUGGUUUAAAGCCUCCGGGUGUUGUUAAAACACUGGUUGGUGUAGUCUCUGAAGUCAGGACAGCAAAUAACCUUCAAAAUAGUUUGCACAAUUAUCGUGUUCUCUGGAGAGGCUUGGGUGCACAGCUUGCCCGUGAUGUUCCAUUCUCAGCAAUCUGCUGGGCAACUCUCGAGCCAAUGAGAAGGAGGCUUCUUGGGAUUGUGGGCAACGAUACAAACGCUCUUGGUAUUCUCGGUGCAAACUUCUCCGCUGGUUUUGUAGCUGGAAGUAUCGCUGCUGCUACUACUUGUCCUUUUGACGUUGCAAAGACAAGAAGACAGAUAGAGAAGGACCCUAGUAGGGCAAUGAGAAUGACUACACGACAGACAUUAAUAGAGGUUUGGAGGGAUGGAGGGAUGAGAGGACUGUUCACGGGAAUGGGACCAAGGGUGGCUCGUGCAGGACCAUCGGUUGGGAUAGUGGUUUCCUUCUACGAAGUGGUCAAGUAUGUUCUGCAUCGCCAAUACGCUUCAUCAUGACCCCAACAGUCACUAGACAAUCUUACACGUGAUUGUGGAUACGGCUUUAGGUUAUAGCAACUUUUGUAACAACAUAAUAAGUUAAAACAGGCUCAGUCCUCCACCAAUGACCAACCCUUGUUUUCUCACAUUUUGAGCCGGAAUUUUGUUCAGCUAAAAUACUGGUUUAAUCCGGUUUUCUUGGUU